AAGCGACACGAGCUAGAUAGCAGCCAAGAACACUUAUUCACUGAGUAACACUAGCUCAUUCGAUCCCAGACACCAAUGGCUUCCAAGGUCAUCGCUCCCUUCCUUGCCCUUAGCCUCCUCCUCUUCGCCGUCAUUGUGCAGGGUUGCACACCCAACUGCUCCGGCGAGCAGGUCGUCCCGACUCCACCCAUUGCAGUCCCGACGCCAUCACACCAUGGUGGGCACGGUGAGCACGGCCGUUGCCCGAUCAACACCUUGAAGCUGAGAGUGUGCGCCAACGUGCUAAACGGGCUGGUCGAUGCGAAGAUCGGACAUGGCACCGACGAUUGCUGCUCGCUGCUAUCUGGGAUCGCCGAUCUCGACGCUGCCGUCUGCCUCUGCACGGCCGUUAAAGCGAAUGUGCUUGGCAUUAGGGUGAACCUCCCCGUCGAUCUCAGCAUCAUGCUCAACAAGUGCGGCAAGACCUGCCCGUCCGAUUUCACUUGCUGAGCUGAGCUGCAUGAUUAUAAUGUUCUGGAGUUUAAUUUCGUGUGAUUUUUGGUUGUCGAUUGAGCCUUUUUUUCAUGAUUCCGCGUGAAUAAGUCUUGUUUCUUUUGGCAAAUUGAUGUGCGGAUCUAUCAUCCAUUAAAUUACUUUAAUUCAAUUGUUGUAAGUUGAUUUUUUUUUGAGAUUGUAAUAUGUAAAACCCAUUAUAUAUAUUGUUAUCUGG